UGGGAAUGGUAUGGGACGGAAAAAUAUCCCUUCGCCACACUGGGCGACGAAGACCCUCUGGAAAGCUGGGUGAAAAACGGAACUCAACUCAUAGAAGAAGGCCUACGAAAAUUCCCCGGGCCCUUUCACAUCCGUACUGGAACCGGUCCCAAACUCAUCGUCAGGAAUCGCUGCGCCCAAGAGUUCGCAAAGCAUCCCGCCUUGAGCGUAGCCGAAGCCUUGCGUUCAGAUUCCUUCGCCGACUAUCCCGGCUUCGAAGCUGCAAAAGUCUCGGUCCACAGCCAAGUCGUCCGCGACACGCUCUUGCGACGAGUGACGCCUGCGUUGGAUUCUCUUAGGGGAAAGCUCGUGGCUGAUGCCGAAGUCUCCAUCCUCGAGAACUUCGGUGAGAGCUCGGAAUGGACGACGGCCUCCGUACAGCCACUGAUCCUCGACGUCGUGGCCAAGAUGUCUUCACGGCCUUUCGUUGGGGAUCGUCUAUGCCGCGACCCGGAGUGGCUUGAAGUUCAAAAGCAAUAUGCUGGGCUGAGUGCUGUGGCGGCAUCCGAGUUGAGAAACUGUUCGGUACUUUUUCGCCGCGUACGCCAUUGGAUGUUGCCGUCGUGUAGGAGUCUGCGUCGCCUUGUGCGCGAUGCAAGGGCUUUGUAUGCGAAGGAAAUGAGAGUGAGAAGCGAGUCGACCACUGGCCAAUCUGUGCUGACUGACGGCUUUCAGAAAUCUAUUGGAGACACGGAUAGCAUUUCGUGGCUCGAAAAGGAGUCAAGGGUUUCUAAUGUACAUGUUGACAUUGUCGCAGCACAGCUGCAACUGUCCAUGGUUGCCAUCCAGACCACCUCACACGUGCUCUGCCAUGCUUUGCUCCAUGCCUGCGAACAUUCCAAAUUCAUUGAGCCUCUACGGAAUGAGGCAAUCGAAGUCAUUGGGAAGCACGGCUGGUCCAAAGCCGGACUGUAUCAUUUGAAACUCAUGGACUGUUUUCUCAAGGAGUCGCUGAGAGUUUCCCAGGGCCGACUCGCUAUGGCCCGGGUGGCAACGGAAAAGAUUGUGUUCUCUGAUGGCACGGUAGUCCCGAAAGGCACGGGCUGCAUGCUCGAGGCGAAUUUCCAGCAUGAAAAUCCCUAUGCCUAUCCAGAACACUUCGAUCCGUCACGCUAUGCGCAAAUGCGCAACGAGGCAGGCGAAACGCAAAGCUGGCAGUAUGUCUCGUCCAGCCCCGACGAUCAGGGCUUUGGAUACGGACUUCACUCAUGCCCUGGGAAAUUCUUUGCCAACAAUGUGGUCAAGGUUGCUUUCGCGCACCUGUUGAUGUUCUACGAUUGGUCUCUGGAUUCCAACGACGAGAAUCACACCCUUGAAGCUGAGUCGGUGAAAACGGUCAAUCCUAACUUCCAGCUGCGUUUCAGACGACGCAAA